AUGGCUCCCAAGAGUAAAACCGGUUUCUACGCUGUCAAGUCUGGACGGGUGCCGGGUGUAUAUUCCACCUGGACAGAAUGUGAGAACCAGGUGAAAGGAUUCGCUGGGGCUCAGUACAAAAAGUUCAACACGCACGACGAGGCGACCAGUUUCGUAGCUGGAGAGGCCGUAUCCGCCCCAGCAGCGACUUCCAGCAAACCACCCUCAUCGAGCGGCUCUUCAGGUGACAAGGGAAAGAAGAGGGGAGCCUCGUUGAUGCUGACUGGCGUCGAGGACGAGUCGGAAUGGCUUGUUGUCUAUACCGACGGGGCGAGCAAAGGGAAUGGGCAGCCUGGCUCUGUUGCUGGCAUUGGAGUCUGGUGGGGUCAUGAUGAUCCUAGGAAUAUUGCAGAACGAUGUCCCGGGGACCAAACUAACAAUCGGGCAGAGCUGCUCGCGAUUCUCCGAGUGCUGGAGACGGCACCUAUUAGCAAGACACCAUUGUUGAUCAAGUCGGAUUCUCAGUAUUCCAUGAACUGUUUACAGGUUUGGCUGCCGGGUUGGGUUAAACGAGGCUGGAAGAACGCAAAGGGCGAACCUGUCAAAAACGCGCCUAUUAUUCGCCUAAUAUCAGCUCACCUCGACCGCCGUGCUCAGCUUGGGCAAAAGGUUCGCAUGGUUUACGUCGAAGGCCAUAGCGGGAAUGUUGGAAAUGACGGUGCCGAUGCUCAAGCCAACGCUGGAUGUCUUCUUCCGCCUACGGAAGAACGGGAUUGGGAUGCCGAAGAGAAAGAAUUGAGGGCGACGAUGGCGUCGCACGUUCCUUCAACUACCGUUGUUGCUGAGGGCAACGUUCUGGAGGUUGCUCCAGACCCAUUCACAGCUGCCCCACAGAAACGACCGAGGAUUAAGUCGCCUCAACCCGUUUCUGAAGGUUCUUCAUCUAGACCUGUCAUCCAGGAUGUAGCGCCUCCCGAGUCGCCUGCUAAGGCGAAUCGUCUGGCUGCCAUUAAUGAUGCCUUGAAGGACCAACAUGUCCGCCCGCAGGUUCCUCGAUCCCCGUCAAAGGGAUAUACGAGAGGAGGAUCAACGGCUGUCUCGUCGAGCAAUACAACCACAGCAGACUCCCCUGAAAAACGGAAUCGUAUAGCCGCCAUUCAAAGCGCUCUCGCCGGCGCGAGCUCCGACACCCCACCUCAAGGAUCUUCAGGAGGGGCCAAGUCAGUGGCCGCUCCUGAAUCGCCUUCUAAAAGCCGCCUGGCAGCUAUCCAAGACGCCUUUGCUUCACCUGUAAGGCCGGCAUCGUCACAUGUGAGCCCUUCGAAACCUCGCUUCAAGCCACCAUCAUCAGCAGCCCCCACUAGUCAAAGGUCGUUGAGCACAAUCGCUGACGAAUCCCAGCCGAGGAGCCCUGCCCCGCCGAAUAGUGUCGCAUCCCCAACCCCUCGCAAUCCCGCAAAGCAGGGGUCUGGUUCAACUCCGUCUAUGACAGUAUAUCCUUCACCUGUUAAGUCUCCUCUGAGGGUACUCUACGUGUCUCCUUUAUUGAUACCUGGGAAGGAUAAACCACCGCCUCAGAUCGACUUUGAGGACUAUGCCGACUGCUUUGACGAUGAGUUUGCGAAAGACCUGGACGAUUGA